CCGUCGGUAGUCCCUUCCUUCCUGCUUCACUCGCACGUUUCGCGGUAUGGGGCAGAGCCUCUCGUUCGCCAGCACCACCUGAGGAUCCCGGAAGCUGCCCCAGCGAUGGAAGAGGACCAGGAACUGGAGAGGAAAGCAAUAGAUGAACUGCUUAAAGAGGCAAAACGUGGGAAAACGAGAGCAGAAACAAUGGGAGCUAUGGGUUGGAUGAAGUGUCCUCUCGCUGGCACAAAUAAAAGAUUUCUAAUCAACACAAUUAAGAAUACACUGCCCUCCCAUAAAGAGCAAGACCCUGAACAAAAAGAGGGCGAUAAGGAACCUGAGGAAAGCCAGAACCAGAAAGAAGAAAACCGGAAGAAGCACAGAGCCCACCCUUACAAACACGGCUUCCGAGCCCGAGGCACAGCCCGUCAUUCUCCACCGAGGGAGCGGAGCAGCCAGGACAAGUACGAAAAGCGGUCAAACAAGCGAUGAGGCAGGACGGAGUGUGAGCAAGACUGUCCCCAGCCAUGAGUGGUGUUAUUUCUGGGACUGGGGCUGUGCAGAGAGGGUUAUCAGGGACAGGCCUUGAGUUGGCAGAGCAAACAUCUAAGAGUGAUUUUUUUAUAGUAGGUCCUUUGUUGUGAAACACGCAGAAAAUGACCUAGAAACUCUCCAGGGAAAUUAGUGUAAAGAGACUUGCUCUGAAGAUGUGUUCGCAGGUUUAAGCUACUUCAGCAGUGGUAUACAUAUGUAUUGUUUCUAUUCUGUCUUGUUUAGAAGUUGGUUUCAAAAUACAUCUAGAAUGUAAAGGUUUUCAGAGAUUGUAAAAACUAGUUGCAAUUUUUUUGAUGUGCUGCACAUGUGGUCAUUUGUCAAAAUUUCUCCAAAAAUGAAAUACUUAUAAAUCCUAUACUUUACCUUUUUGGGUGACAAACUUAAAAUUUAGAAAUCGCCUGGCCAGUAAUCAUUUCAGAAAAGUUGUAGCCUUCCAAGGGCUAGAAAUCUACCAAGGAACUCUUUCAUAACUCUGCCUUUGUUUUCCUUUCAGUGAACAAUAUGGGAAAUUCUCAAAAUGGCUUGGAAUUUAGUGCUCUGUGUCAAUGCGCAGAGGUUGAAAAUGAUUCUGUUGUUCCUUGUGCAAUCUCAGACGUAUUCCUCAGUUAGAACAAUUUUUCUAUACUUAAUUUUUUUUGACUAUGUAAGUUUUAAGUGGUGCUUUUAAAAGAACCCCCCAAAAUUAAAAUGAACAUAAUUAUUUUAAUGCUAUGUCUUAUUUAGCUAAAGACCUAUAAUACCACUCUUAGUAUAAUUGUUUCAGAAAUCUUAAUUUUAAAUAAAAAUGUGUUUACAAGGCUUUUUUUGUU